AGCGGACCUCGUCGGCUUAAAUUCUCCAACAGUCUUCUCGUCUCCUCGAGUUCUAUCUCUUUUCAAUCUCAAUCUAUCUCGCCCCUGCAAUUUCUCCAAGGUUCAUCAAUUCGCUGAUUCCUGAGAGAAUGGGUGGAAGUUUUAUUGAAGAUGAUUGGGAGUUUGGGUCUGCCUCAGAUGGAGUUCGAACUGUUGUUCUGGUUGGGCGUACAGGUAAUGGAAAAAGUGCAACUGGUAACAGUAUUCUUGGGAGAAAGGCAUUCCAGUCAUUGAGUUGUCUUGAUGGUGUUACCAAAACCAGUGAGCUACAGAGCACUGUUUUGGAAGAUGGCCAAAUCGUUAAUGUGAUAGACACACCGGGGCUCUUUGACAGAUUGGCUGAACCUCAGUUCGUAGGAAAAGAGAUUGUGAGAUGCAUUGGCAUGGCCAAGGAUGGCAUCCAUGCAGUCCUUGUAGUUGUCUCGCUUAGAAGCCGAAUCUCAAUCGAAGAAGCUGCUGCUAUUGAGACCUUGCAAAAGUUUUUUGGAAACAAGAUAUCUGAUUAUAUGAUAUUGGUUUUUACGGGUGGUGAUCAACUCGAAGAGGAUGACGUGACUUUGGACGAUUACUUGAGUCAUUCUAAGUCUGUAAAGGAUAUGCUUGAGAUUUGUGAGAAUAGGCGGGUGUUAUUUGAUAACAAGACGAAGGAUGCAGCCAAGAAAGCUGAACAACUUCAGCAACUUCUUUCUCUUGUGAAUGAUGUUGUGAUGAAAAAUGGAGGAAAACCAUUUUCUAACAAUUUAUUUGUUGAAUUUAAGAAAGGAGUCACAAAACUUCAUGAUCAAGCUGCAGAGCUGAAUUCUUUGGAAGGGUACUCCAAAAAUGAGAAAUCUGAGUUGGAGGUGCAGAUUCGGGCUUCAUAUCAGGAGCAUCUGAAACAAUUUACUGAUAUGGUUGAGACAAAGAUUAUGGAUGCAACACGUAGAUUUGAACAGAAACUGACAGAAGAGCAAGCUGCUCGCUUAAAAGCAGAGGAAGCUGCCCAAGCAGCUCAAAUGCAAUCAAAUGAUGAGAUCCGUCUGUUGAGAGAGCAUAUAGAGAGAGUCGAGAGUGAGAAUAAGGAGCUCAGAAAGCAUGCCGAACGUGGGGGUUGUCAAAUUUUAUGAUGGGAUACUUCAGAUACUGUGCACAUCUGGUGGGAGGGUGGCUGCAUGCACUUUCUGGAAAAAUAAAGACAUCUUACGGUUACACAUUAUAAAUUUUUAGUUUGCAUUUUAGUUCUGUUCAUUGUGGUCCUGUUGCCUACUUAUCACUGUAAUGUUAUAUAGGUGCCCAUCUUGAGUGGCUUCCUCGUAACCUAUUUGCUAGGUGUGGUGGUAUGAGUCGUAUCCAUCCCCAUAUCCUCUUUUGCUGUAUAGUGGAAUCCGUCCGUGUUCGACACU